UAGAUAAGAUUACCACUCCGGUCUGGUACGUCGUCGACUGGUCUCCAACUUGUGAGCGCAGCAAUGUCGUCCGCUUGGUUGGUGUUUUUCCUGAGUUUACUCGAGCAUCGCCUUGCAGAGGCAUACGUUCCCCAGCAGCCGCUGGUCGAACCACUGUCGCCCAUUGGCAUUCGCAUUUCGAUCCCACACGACGAGGGCAUCACAUUGGUAGCGUUUCACGUGAAAUUCAACGAGGAGUUUGAUGGACUAGAAGCUGGCACUAUAGCGAGAGACAUUCUCCGGAGGACUGACGGGCGCUGGACCUACGAGGAUCGAAGUACCGUGCUAAAGAGAGAUGACGUCGUUCACUACUGGAUCCACGUUGUUUACAACGGCCUCGGUUACAAUCUCAUCAAUCAGCAGCAUAUCGUCGCAGAGUUCUACAAUUACAAAGGGCAGAGAAUCGGAAAUGUGGACGCGAACGAUCAGGUUAACGCGAGACCCCCUGGCUGCAAUUAUUCGGCAACCAAAUUGUACGACUCGCACGGUAAUAGCCGCUACGCGUGCGAGGGACAACUUCUAUUCCAAGAGGAUUUCCGCGACAUAACGCAGUUUCAAAGAAUGCAGUGGUCGGUGCUCGAGCAAUUCAGCGGCGGUCCGGAUUAUGAAUUCGUGGUUUACAAAAACUCGAGUGAAAAUCUAAACGUGAGCAAUGGCCUGAAAAUAACCCCGAGGCUGAGAGCAGAGAACAACGAGUAUUGCGCUGCGACCGGCAAGUUGACACUAAAUCAGUGCACAGGACGAAUAGGAACGGCCGACUGCUCUCGUGAAGCCCAGGGUUGGAGCAUAUUACCACCCGUCACGUCCAGUCGCAUCAACACUAAAAACUCAUUCACUUUCGUGCAUGGCCGCGUGGAAAUGAGAGCUAGAUUGCCACAAGGGGACUGGAUUUACCCACUUCUAAUGCUAGAGCCGACGAGCGCACGUGACUUGCCACAGAUUCGCGUCGCCUCGGCGAACGGCAAUCCGGAGCUGAGAACAGCGACGGGCAAGGAUAUCAGUGGGCACGUACUGUGGGGUGGUGUCACCUGUGGUCCCAGUCAGUGGGGCGCACGGUUCAACGGCAGUACAGUGGCCAAAUUCAACAACGACUUGUGGACGGACAGAUUCCACACGUACGAAAUGACCUGGAGUCCCGACAGAGUUGUUCUGAGAGUCGACGGAGAAAUCUACGAUAACAGGAACCACGAUCUGCCGAGUGAUACGCCCUUCUAUUUGACUAUUGGCGUUGCUGUCGGCGGUCUGUCGGAAUUCCCUGACAAUUGUGCAAGCCACGGCUAUACUAAAACUUGGCGGAAUAUUGAAGCAAAAGCUCUCUACCGUUUUUGUAAAUCAACUGAACUUUGGUACAAAACAUGGCACACAGACAAGAUUUCGCUAAAUAUUGAUUACUUGAAAAUUUGGGCUCUGUAAUGCGAAUAUUCCGUCUGAAUGUUGAAAUAAGUUCUGUAUAAAGCAUCAAAUUCAACGGAGGCCGGAAUGAUAUCUUUUUAGCUGUUAUGGAAGUUCUUUCAUAUGUCGUGGUAUGCUUAAAUUUUCAACUAUAAAACUUGAAACAAAUAUUUUGUAGGUAAAAUAUUUAUCUUGUCAGUGAUUUUCAGUUUUCAUCAAUUUCUUAUUGGUCUUAACUGUUUUGAGUCUUAGUUACGCUAUUAAUUUCGAGCUCGAUUAUGGAAACUUAUUCAAUGCAUUAAUUAAUUGCGUAUGCGUUUUUUUCGUGUGUGAUGUAUCAUCAUGUUGACAAUUUUUUACGACAAGCAAACAACUUUAUUGACACAGAGUCUCAUAUGAUUCAUAACGUUGUAUCGAGGUUUAUUUAUCGCCAAACAUUUUCAUAUAAUUAAUACAAAAACUAUAAAUUUGACCUCAAAUAGGCAUAUAACUGUCCAUGUAACAUUUAUGUAUUGAUUUGAGUUAUAAGAUGAACAUUUGUACGAUUUUUACAAAGCUCCUUAUGUAUAUCCAUACGAGUAACCACUGUCUAGUGAAGUAUAAAUAAACCUUUUUUUAAUUUGCAAAAAUUAAAUAGUUAUUAAAAUAUACUUUAAUGAAGAAAAAUAAUAAAUUAUGAUUGUUUCUAGUAUUCAAAAUCAAAGUAUAGCAAAACCAAAAACCGAUAUGUAAACAAUUUCAAUUUACAUAAAAAUUUUCUAGGUAUAUGUUUUUACGGGGAAAUUCAGAUAGGACUUUCUUGAAGGUUACGAAGACAUAGAAUCUUCUAGAGGCAAUUACGAAUAUG